UGGCUUGCUUUUCUUGCCAUUGGAAGGGUGGAGGAGGAGGGGAUAAGCGAGGUUGAAGGAGACGCACAUCCAUCCCGGCGGAGAGGAUGCUGCUGCUGCGCGCCGCCAGGGCGUCGCCGGCGAUGGCCGCCGUCGUCAGGUGCAAACCCACCAGGCUGACCCCAAUCGCGGGCCUCUCCUCCUCGUCGGGUGGGGGCAGGAGGAAGAAGGCCGGGCGGCGGGGCGAGGCCAAGCCCCCACCCCCACCCCCGCCGCAGCUGCGGGGCGGCGAGACGAAGAAGAAGAAGAAGCCAGACGCGAGGACGGCGGCGGAGGCGGCGCAAGGGUUGCAGAGGCAUGAGGUCGAGAGGAGGAAGAAGCCGCCGCCGCCGCCGCCGCCGCCGAAGCAGGAGAAGGCGAAGCGCGUGGUGCGGUGGAAGUGCGCGGCCGGGUGCGGCGCGUGCUGCAAGCUGGACAAGGGCCCCGACUUCCCCUCCCCCGAGGAGAUCUUCGCCGAGCACCCCGAGGACCUCAAGCUGUACAAGAGCAUGAUCGGCGCCGAUGGAUGGUGUAUCAACUACGACAAGUCCACUCGCACCUGCAACAUCUACGAAGAGAGGCCUGUCUUCUGCAGGGUGGAACCGAAGGUUUUCGAGGAGUACUUCGGCGUGCCAAGCCGACCCAGCACGUUUGACAGGGAAGCUUGCAGUGCUUGUGUGGAUACCAUCAAGAUGGUGUAUGGUGAGGAGUCCGCGGAGCUAACUAACUUUAAACGUGUCAUAAGGGAAGAAAGUAAAAAGCAUGAAGCUAGCCUGAACCAAGAUAAAUUGUUGGAUACAUAGCUCCUGGUAAAUUCAGAAGACAUCAAUGGCCUAUAAUGUAAAGGUCCAUAUAUUUAUGUUUCCUGCUGUUUGAUGUGCAUCAGUGCCUCAAAUGGUUAAACGUGGAACACGCACCGAGAUGUUGAGGGAGUUUUACCUGAGAUGUUGCUAUCACGGUUCGGAGGAAAUGAAUUGACACUUGCAAGUUAAGAAGGCAGUCGGAUAUGCUCAAGUUUAUAAGCUUGUUGAGUGAGGGUUGGUGGUAUUAUUUUUUCCCCGUUAUUGUUAACAAUUGUUUGCUAAAGCAUAGAGCAAUAGUUAGCUUGGUUUGAAUGCCUUCAUCCAAUUCUGAUGAUACUGACCUAGCUAAUCUCACUCAGAUUUGAUUCUGAAUGAUUAAAUCCCAACCUAAUCCCAUUCACGAUUUGGUUUUGGUCUUUUGAGGUGAUAAAAUAUGUUCCCUGUAUUUUUUUCCCUUUCCUAUUACACUUGCAAUAUGUUCCCUGUAUUUGUUUUCCUUUUUUA